AGCUGCAGACGUUGGCGGUCGGAGAGGAGAGAAGAAGAAGAAGAAGAAGAAGAGGAGGAGGUCUGCUUUUUAGGCUGAAGCUCUUGACGAAUCAGAAAGGCAACAUUUCUGUUGAAAUGGAAGGCUGUGGAGAUAUCCAGGUGAGGGAGCUGAACAAGCGUGCCUCAGGUCAAUCAUUUGAGGUCAUCCUGAGCCCCUCAACCUCAGAUGGCAAGGGCAACUUUGUGUUGUCCCCUCUGAGGAAAAAGGAAACAUCACUGGACGACAUUCAGAAGAAACAGAAAGCUGCAGAAGAGAGACGCAAGAGCCAGGGGGCUGAAGUGCUGAAACACUUUGCUGAGAAACGGGAGCACGAGAAGGAGGUCAUCCAGAAGGCCAUAGAGGAGAGCUGCAACUUUAUCAAGAUGACACAAGAGAAAAUCAAUCAAAAGAUGGAGGCAAACAAAGAGAACCGCACUGCAAGGAUGACAGCUUUCAAAGAGAAACUGAAGGAGAAGGACAAGAAGAUUAAAGAAGUGAAGAAGAACAAGGAGGCAAAUAAAGAAAGGGAGAUUUAAUUUGUUUAUGGUCUGGAAACAGUCUUCACAUCUCCAAAGAGAAGCUUUACUUUUUUAGCUGACACUUCCAUGGUAUUGUUUGUUGUGUUAGUUCUGUUUAUGCUAUUAAAUGAAAGGGGACUAUUCAUUGUUAGAUUGGGUGUAUAUAGUCUGAUUAAGUUUGAUAUUGGCAGCUGAUUACACUGAAGUUUUGUGGUAAGAGCUAUAUUUUUCCAUUAAGUGGCAUUGUAGUGAAUUGGUCUUUAUACUUCAUACUGUUGAAAUGCAUCAUAUAAUAGUGUUUGAUACUGUUUUAAGUUUGAAUAUACUGUAAGAUACCAAGGUUUGACCAUUAAAGUCUGUAUCCACA